AUGCCUCCAUUCAACGAUGCCUGCAUGGAAGAACUCCUCUCCCUGGUUCCCUCUAGGACAAAGUCAAACCAGUCUGUCCUAGAAGACCUUGACGAGUUCUGGGCCACCGAAGCCAUCAAAGAUCAUCCUCAUACUCGCUUCCUCACCCGUCACAAACAUAGUCUUGAACGCAUUGACGCCAAACGAGCGAGUUUAGGACUGCGCGACCGCGUGGACCUGUUCAUGCUGGUUUCAAAAUCGGACAAGUCCCUGGGCCGCUCGCGCAUCUGUGACCAUUUCAGCAAAAGCUUCUUCAAAAGCUGCUACUGGAUGCUACUUUCCACGACCUUUGGUAUAAAGCCUGUCCAUAGUGCAGCCGAGUUCCGGCGCUAUCUUCAACACUACAUGCACAGCAUCCACGAGAUCCACCGUCGCCGGAAGCUAGAUGGUGGCCGUUUCAACCGGCACGAGUCUAUCGUCGCACCGGUCGCUCAAUUUCUGCGGUCCCGGGGCGUAGACUUCCGCUUCCACACGACAGUCACUGAUAUCAUCACCACCCCUUCAAGCAGCGACCCGCACCGGGUAUCAGCCAUCAAAGCCAUACAUGAAAAUGAGCCCGAGCAGACGAUAAACCUAGGGCCGCGGGACAUCGUGUUGGUGUCACUAGGCUCGGUUAUGUCCGGCUCCACAACGGGCACCAAUACGUCCCCACCAUCCCUGGAACUAAUGGAGAUCGAGAAAGACUUAGACGAGAACUGGCUUCUGUGGCUAGAGCUGUCCACUAAAAACCCUAUUUUCGGGAAUGCAUACAACUUCUGCACACGCAUGGGAGAGUCCCGCCUCGAAUCCUUCACCGUCACCUUUUCCUCCCCCGAGUUCUUCAACCGUUUUACCGCCCUCACCGGCGACAAAGCAGGAAGCGGCACUUUCGUCACCCUCAAAGACACUCCCUGGCUCCUCAGCAUCAAUCUCCCCCAGCAGCCUCUAUUCCCCGAUCAACCUGCGCACAUGCAGGUGCUCUGGGGCUACGCAAUGUACCCCGAGCGGGAGGGCGACUACGUCAAGAAACCCAUGCUCGAAUGCUCGGGACAAGAAAUCAUGGAAGAGAUAUUAAAACAACUGAAUUUCCCAGUGCAGGGGAUCCUAGACCACUCGAUUACCCUACCCUGCGUGGUUCCCCGAGCAGCGGCAACACUGUUGCCCCGCUUGCGCGGCGAUCGACCACAAGUGAUACCCCCGGGGAUCGACAAUCUCGGACUCAUUGGCCAAUUCGUGGACAUCCCGGGAGAGGUGGCCGUGACGAUGGAUUACAGUGUGCGGUCAGCACAGACGGCGGUACGCCAGCUAAUGGGGCUGGAAACGCACAAGACAGUAUCCAAGCGAAGUUCCGCGAUCAGUCUGCGGGCUUUGUAG